GGAGCCGCCAGCAGCAGCAGCAGCAGCAGCCGCCCGGGACUCCUGCAGCCAGCGCCUUGUAUUGUUAUCAGUGUGUGAGGAGCAGUAGGCGGAGGGAGGCAGCGCUCCUCCGUGUGGUGAUGCUCUGACAGGAGAGCGGCCGUUACAGUGAGCAGGACUGAGCCCCAUCACUUCACAAGUGCAGCCUCCGCCGCUCUGUGCCAUCCUGCUGUCCGCCUCCGCCGUGGAGUACAGACAAUAGGGAGCGCAUCUCCAGCUCAGAGGAGACGGCGGCUGCUAUCACAUCCCGGGGACUCCUACCGGGGGGAGGGUGGCAACUGCAGGAUUCUCUGGAAAUCACCCAGUGUGUGCUGGGCACAGGGUGCACGGAUCAGCACCGCCGCCGCUCCUACUGCCUGGCGUAGAUCUGGGACACUGCUGUAUUCUUCAUCUGAAGCCAUCACCAGCCCUGUCCUCACCAUGUGCCGAAGCCUGCUGCCGACCCUGCGCAUCCUGGCGGCCCUGCUGCUGCACCAGGGACCAGCAGAAGCACUCGGGGGAUCCAGAUUAUGCAAGACAGGAUUUCUUGAGGAUGUUUAUCACGCAAGUGUGUACAGGAGCGUACAUGAAGGGCAGCCUCUCCUAAAUGUGAUGUUUACAGAUUGCGGUGCACAAAGACGGAUAAAUUAUGAAACUAGUAAACCAACAGAUUUUCGAAUCGAUGGUGAUGGGGUGAUAUUUGCUGCAAGAACCUUUGACAUUUCGCCUAAACAGACAACGUUUUUUGUGUAUGCCCAAGAUGAAGAUACUCAAGAGCUUUGGCAAGUUACAGUGAAAAUCAGUCUAAGACCGCAGCAUGGUAAAGAUCCGGUACCGGGUUCUUUUGAAGUCAAAGAAAUUACUUUUCCUCCGCAACAUAAGCACAAUGGCUUUCUACAACGACAGAAAAGAGACUGGGUUAUUCCACCAAUUAACGUACCGGAGAACUCAAGGGGAUCGUUUCCUCAGGAUUUAGUCCGAAUCAGGUCCGAUCGUGAUAAAAACCUUUCCCUGCGAUACAGUGUGACAGGUCCAGGAGCUGACCAACCACCCAUUGGCGUGUUCAUUAUCCAUCCCGUUUCUGGACAGCUGUCUGUUACGAAGCCUUUGGAUCGGGAACAGAUUGCCAUGUUCCAUCUGAGGGCACACGCAGUAGAUGUAAAUGGAAACCAGGUGGAAAAUCCCAUCGACAUAGUGAUCAAUGUAAUAGAUAUGAACGACAACAGACCGGAAUUUCUGCACCAGAUUUGGAAUGGGAGCAUUUCAGAAGGAUCAAAGCCAGGAUCCUACGUUAUGACUCUCACUGCUAUUGAUAGAGAUGACGCUAGACAACCGAAUGGCAUGCUACGAUACCAAAUCCUCUCCCAGACUCCAGAUACCCCUUCCUCAAACAUGUUCACCAUCAACAAUGAGACAGGAGAUAUUAUCACUUUGGCAGCAGGACUUGAUCGGGAGAAAGUGCAACGAUAUACAUUAAUAAUUCAAGCCACAGACAUGGAAGGAAACCCGACAUAUGGUCUCUCGAACACAGCAACUGCUGUCAUUUCUGUGACAGAUGUCAAUGACAACCCUCCAGAGUUCACCUCGAUGACUUUCUAUGGAGAAGUGCCUGAAAAUCGAGUCGAUGUUGUAGUAGCCAAUCUUACAGUAACAGACAAGGACCAGCCACACACUACUGCUUGGAACACAGUAUACAGAAUCGUCAGCGGUGACGCAACCGGACGUUUUACCAUUAGAACAGAGCCAAACAGCAACGAUGGUAUGGUCACUGUAGUCAAGCCUAUUGACUUUGAGACCAAUAGGAUGUUUGUUCUAACAGUAGCUGCAGAAAACCAAGUGCCGUUAAUUAAAGGCAUCCAUCAUCCUCCACAGUCAACCGCCACAGUCUCCAUUACUAUCAUUGAUGUCAACGAGAGUCCUUACUUCAGCCCAAAUCCUAAGCUUAUACGUCAAGAAGAAGGUUUGAUGCCAGGAAGUGUACUUGUAACAUUCAAUGCGCAGGAUCCAGAUCGCUAUAUGCAGCAAACAGUUAGGUAUUCAAAACUUUCCGAUCCUGCCAACUGGCUUAAAAUUGACCCUAUGAUUGGACAGAUUACUACUAUAGCAGUUCUGGACCGGGAAUCCAUGUAUGUGAAGAACAAUAUGUACAAUGCAACUUUUCUAGCCACAGACAGUGGUAUUCCUCCGAUGAGUGGCACGGGCACAUUACAGAUCUAUUUGCUGGAUAUAAAUGAUAACGCUCCUCAAGUCUUUCCAAGAGAAGUGGAAAUUUGUGAACGACCAGAUCCAAAUGCAAUUAAUAUCACAGCAGUAGAUGCUGACAUAAACCCUAAUGCCGGACCAUUCAUCUUUGAACUCCCAUUCAGCCCAUUGGAUAUUAAGAAGAACUGGACCAUUACUCGAAUCAAUGGUGACCAUGCCCAGCUCAGUCUGAAAAUUUCCUCCCUCGAUGAUGGAAUUUAUAACAUUCCUAUUCAGAUCACAGAUUCAGGAAAUCCUUCUUUGUCAAACACUUCAUACCUCCGUGUAAAAGUCUGCUCCUGUGACAUGAAUGGAUACUGCAGCGGAGUGGCCCCCAUCAUUGGCACUGGUCUGGGCACAGGAGCCAUCAUUGCAAUUCUUCUGUGCAUCAUCAUUUUGCUCACUCUAGUCUUGAUGUUUGUGGUAUGGAUGAAACGCCGCGAUAAGGAAAGACAAGCCAAACAGCUUCUUAUUGACCCCGAGGAUGAUGUCAGAGACAAUAUCUUGAAGUAUGAUGAAGAAGGUGGAGGAGAGGAAGAUCAGGACUAUGAUUUAAGCCAAUUGCAACAGCCUGACACAGUAGAACCAGAUACAAUUAAGCCUGUGGGCAUACGGCGCAUGGAUGAAAGACCUAUUCACGCAGAGCCACAGUAUCCUAUCCGAUCAGCCGCUCCACAUCCUGGUGAUAUUGGAGACUUCAUCAAUGAGGGGCUGAAGGCAGCAGACAAUGACCCCACGGCUCCACCUUAUGACUCUCUCUUAGUGUUUGACUAUGAAGGUAGUGGUUCCACUGCUGGCUCUCUAAGCUCCCUGAACUCAUCAAGUAGUGGUGGCGAGCAAGAUUACGAUUACCUAAAUGACUGGGGCCCCCGCUUCAAGAAACUUGCCGAUAUGUACGGAGGAGGAGAUGAUUGAACUUUGGAAUGAACUUUCGUUUUUGUGGACAAGAACAAACAUUUGAACUGAUAUUCCCAAAAAGCGUAAAGAAGCUUGGCUUUAACUUUGUAGUCUACUAGCACAAGUGCUUGUUUGAAGGCUUUGGCAUAGGCUGCAAACCAAUUUGGGCUCAGUGGGAAUAUCAGUCAUCCAAUACUGUUUGGAAAAAAAAACAUGAUUGAGCUCAGUUACACUUGAAUUUUACAGUACAGAAGCACUGGGAUUUUAUGUGCCUUUUUGUACCUUUUUCAGAUCGGAUUUAGUUUUAUGUUCAACGCUUUAAUGGUACUGAUUUCUGAAAGGGUGAAAAGACAAGGUAUGUUGUGAGUGCGGUGGCGUAAGUAAUUACAAGGAUUUUCUUCAUCAUGCCUUUUUUUUUUCUCUUUUUUUUUUACGUUGUGUUGCAUUCGUUAUAAUCUGGAAUAAAGAACAAAUUUCACUAGAAUAACUUUUAUUAGCCGCGAACAAAUCCAUGUGAUUGACAUGUACAGUGCAUUAUACUUAGUUGUAGGUAUUAGGUUUAUUUCAUUGGAAGUCUACAGGAUUUUGCAGUUGGUUGCAGGAAAAGGGAGUUGUCAUAUCACCAGUUUCUAGCAUAAUUUACUUUUUUUUGUAGCAGGAUUGAUUUUUCUUUCACAAGAUAGGCACAUUUUGGUCUUAAUGUACACUCUUUUCAUUUGGGUAUUUUUUUCACUUCACUGUAAAAAUGGUAUGUGUACAUAAUGUUUUCUCAACAUAGUCUAUAAAGAAGUUUCCAAGCUUCAGAACAUGUGUAUGUAUUAUUUGGACUAUGGAUUCAGGUUUUGCAUGUUUAUAUCUUUUUUUCUUUAUGAAUAAAGUAUUUACAAAACAGGUGACAAACAUAAUUAUGUUAAAGUAGACAAACUGUAGAAUCCGUACACCUUUUUUUUCUAUUAUUCUUGAUUUGGGAGGGUGAAAACAAAAAGUUCUUAGCACAAAUGUUUUACAUAAUUUGUACCAAAAAACAAAAACAAAUCAGAUAGGGGCAAACCGAUGUCGGUGGCACUACUAAUACAUGUUUAAAGGGGUGGGAAGCUUUUAAACUGGAGAGACUUUGACAACGGCUUUGCCUCUGUAUUGUGUACCAGAAUAUAAAUGAUGCACCUCUGACCCCACGUUCUGAAUAAAAUGCUAAUUUUGGAUCUGG